GUUCGGCUUCAAGAAGUGUAUUAUUGUGUUUCUGUGUUUUUGUGUAGUGCAAUUAAUUACGAAUUACGACAGACUCUUCUAAUAAUAUUCCUAACCCAAGUUAAAUUUAUUUAAAUUUCAAUAGAAAAUAACUACUAAUCAAUGCACAAUCCCUAAAGUUUGUGAUUACUGUUAAUAUUUAACUAAUACCUAAUCUAUCUUCCGUUGUUGAGGUUAAAUUACUCACCAAAAUGUCAUCGGGCAGUGAAAGGGACUAUGAUCCGUCAGAAACUGCUAUCAUCAGGGAGGUCUAUGACAGUGAGAACGCUCAUGAAGCUUUUGGUGAAGAGCUGGAGAGGGCACUAGAAGCUGGUUGUCAUACAAUAAUCAUUGAACCAUCGCGUCUAGGUGAUGAGACAGCGCGAUGGAUAGCUGUUGGAAACUGUCUGCACAAAACAGCCGUAGUUGCUGGUCUAGGUUCCAUUGUCACAGGUUUUGCGUGGCCAGACAGUCCAGCCCUGUUCGUACCCCUGGCUUGCACAUCGUUGCUGUGCACCGGUCUAUACACAGUCUCCUGGCAGAUGGACCCUUGUUGUCAGUACCAGGUGAGCAAAGACCCACACUCGCUCGCUACACACGCCUUGGCCUCCUGCUCACCAGUCGUGCUGGUCAGGAAAGACAACUACCGACGGAAAGCGCUACACUCAGCGGUCACGCUUACAUCUACACUACUAGUCGCUUGGAAGUUCUACAUCAAGUGUAUCAAAUGACAAGUCUUCUAGUCAGACUUAGUUUAGGUUGUGACAACAGUAUAGUUCAUCACAGUAGGUUAAGAAUGAACUAUUUUAUCUUAAUAGAGAAUGAACCUGACAAGAAGUUUUUUGUUUAGUUCCUACGGAAGAGUUUGGCCAGUAUUAUUGUAAGCAGGAUGGCUCGAGGAUAUUUAGAGAGAUGUCAAGGAAUUUAAAAAGUUAUAAACAUUCUUUACUAACCUCCAUUUCCUUAUAUGCUUAAUUUACUUGACACAAACAUAUAUACGGCUAUGUACAAUCCAUAUUAUGUUUUCAAUUGACUACCCUCUAGGGUUUACUGUAAUCUAGAGCUUUUCUUAUAUAUGUAGGCUAUUUAUUAGGAAAUGGUAUUCUUACAGUUAACUUAUUUGGCCUGCUUUUAGUGUUUACAAACUCAUCCCAUUUGUCUCUAAACAUAUAUAAAAUACUAAAACAAGUCAUGUAUUUUUUUACUGUAUACUUGAAAAUAUAGAAAAUAUUUUUCUGAAGUGUUGAAAGGAGUUGUUAGGAAUAAGAUGGUUGAUAUUGGAAGAUGUUUACCAGCAGUUAUCAUCUGAAGCACUUUUGAUGAUGUUAUGGAACAAAUUAUGUAGCAUUUUCUGUUAAGUUUGGAAAUGUGAAAACAUAUAUUUGUUGUAAGUAUGUCACAUAUUUCUUUUCAUUAUGAAAAUUUAUGUGAAUUAUAAAAUAAUAAUUUUAUU